AUGACAUCAGGAGAACCAAAGACAAGUCUCAAGGAUGCCUACCCAUCUGCCAAUAGGCUGUUGCCAACAAAGGAGGGGGAGGAAGAAGAGGAGGAGGAGUACUGUACCCCGGGAGCCUUCGAGCUGGAGCGUCUCUUCUGGAAGGGCAGUCCCCAGUACACGCACGUCAACGAGGUCUGGCCUAAACUCUACAUUGGUGAUGAGGCGACAGCGCUGGACCGCUACCAACUGCAGAAGGGGGGCUUCACGCAUGUGCUGAAUGCAGCUCAUGGCCGCUGGAACGUGGACACCGGGGCUGACUACUACCGCGAUAUGAUCAUCGAAUACUUUGGUGUUGAGGCUGAAGACAUACCUACCUUCGACCUCAGUGUCUUCUUCUACCCGGCAGCUGCCUUCAUCCAAGAUGCGCUCAGUGACGACCACAAUAAGAUCCUGGUUCACUGUGCCAUGGGCCGCAGCCGGUCGGCAACCCUGGUCUUGGCCUACCUGAUGAUCCACAGAUGCAUGACCUUGGUGGAUGCCAUCCAGCAAGUGGCCAAGAACCGCUGUGUCCUCCCCAACCGGGGCUUUCUGAAGCAACUCCGAGAGCUGGACAAGCAGCUGAUGCAGCAAAGACGACAGGCCGAGCUUGGUGCUGGGGAGAACGCCCGCCUGCCAGUGACAGUGAUGAGGAGCUGGCAGACACAGUGA